AUGACAGUCUCCUACAAGCACUUAUCGCCAUUGGAUGCGGGGUCUUCUAUGAUCUUCACCGCGCUGGACAACCGAGAGGAUAAACCUUACAGCUCAGUGUGACCUUCCACUUCCGUCUGCCUGUUCGUAUCGAUCAUCAGGGGAGAUAGGAUCAUUGUUUCCAUGUGAUUUGUGAGUCACGAUCGCCUGCAUCCCAACACUGUUCUUGCUGGAUGGCAUGGUAAGACGAUUGUUCACACCUUACUCCAACCUCCCGUCCAUGGCAGCACGAACAGUGAUUGUCUUCCUCCUCUGUUCGAUCUCACUACUCCUCGUUGCACACUCCUUUGGUGCAUUGACAUCCUACUCCAACAUGGCACCAUCAUCUGCUCACGAGCAAGGCUCGACUCAAGAUCUCAAAAUCCGAAUUUCGUCCGACUCGUCCUCGUCCGUUCUCAAAGUCACCCUUGAGAAUAAGAGCUCGACUCAAACGUAUUCCGUGCUCACCUGGGACACACCUCUGGACCCUCAAGCCAUGAACCUCGGUGCUCUUACGCUUGAAGAUGUCGAGAGUGGUGAUGCGAUCCCAGGACCUGGCAUGAAGAUCAACAGGCAGAUGCCUCCUCCCCGGGAUGCCGUGGUGGAAGUUCGCCCUCAGUCCACUACUACAAGAGACGUCAACCUGGGUCUUCCGUGGAUCCCAAGUGAUGGAAAGGUCUACCGAAUCCAGACACAGGGAUCCUGGAAAGCUGUAUGGGCUAAGCCGGCAGCGCAGAUCUCAGAUGAAGAUCUUGAGAAGAUGGCGGGUGAUAGCCAUUUGAGCAAAGACAUCCAUAGUGAGAGCGCAGAGAUCAAGCUGGAGUGAGCAAUACCGACAGCUCAAGAGAAGUGGAAACGGGAGUGUGGUAGGGAAAGCAGAAGCCGAGAAUCGACAUCAAUCAAUGGGCACAUUUAUACACACAGCAUCACCAAAUGAGAUUCUUGAGACAUUCUCGGACUAAUGCUCGAAAUUCCUUUUUCACAUAUGCUAGAAUCUGUCAUUUCUAGCCAUCUCCUACGGUCAUGCCUGAGGUUGUUUGUUCCGUAGAAAUGCACAAUGUUUUCAACACCAGUCUAGCCCUU